GAAUAAAAGAAGCGCGAGUGUGUUAUGUUAUCCAAAAACAAUUGAUGAUGAUGAUGAUGCUACAAUCAAAGACAUUCACACUCACAUUUCCCUUACAUUUUCCAUCAUCAUCAUCAUCAUCAUUAUCACCUCCUUCUCUCUCACAAUCCCAAAUCUUCAACUUCAAACCCUCACUUCUCUCUCUUACUCUCAACCGCCGCCGUAUACUACCCAUAACCGCAUGCGUCGUAGAGGAAAAAAACCAACCUACUUCCGAACCCGAACCAGAACCCGAACCCGAACCGAGUCAGUCCGAUUUGGCUUCGGAAUUGAAGAAAGCGAUGCAAGAGAGGAAGGAUAAAGAAGGUGGUGAUAAUUUAUGGAACGGAGUGGUUUCUGAGAUCGGUGAAAUUGAGUGGCCCGAGUUUGGGAAGGUUUUGGGUACAACUGGUGUUGUUCUUAGUGUUAUCUUUGGUUCUAGCGUUGUUUUGCUUACUGUUAAUGCUAUUUUAUCUGAGCUUUCUGAUAAAGUUUUUGCAGGCAAAGGGGUUCAGGAUUUCUUCUCCUGAACUCACUCUCAAGGAAACAAAUCAAUAGUUGACUGCAUUUUUUUACUCUGUAAAUUUUUAAUUUAUCAAGAAUAUAUAUGGAUUUGUUUUUCUUGUAGGCUCCACUCAACCAUUUCUAUGUUGUGUAUGUUCUAUAAAUUAUUGAUUUUUUCUUUCAUUAUUACCAUUUUGGUUCUAAA